ACGAUGGCCUCCAAUCUCGAUAAGACUCUGGCCAAUAUCCUCUCAUUACGCCUGUCUCAAGGCCGCCUUCGUCGCCUCACAAUUCCUUCUCCCAAUUGUGUCGAUUUCUCUUCAAACAGCUAUUUGUCACUUUCCUCCAAUCCAGCUGUCAAGGCUGCUUAUUUGUCGUUCAUCCAGCCCUACCUGCAGUCAGCAGACUCCGAAGCCGGGUUUGGUCUUGGAUCCGGAGGUUCUCGGCUACUAGACGGCAACUCAGCAUUCACAGAAGAUUUAGAAGAUCGAAUCGCCAAAUUCCACGGCGCAGAUGCAGGGCUGUUAUUUAAUUCUGGAUUCGAAGCCAACACAGGACUAUUCGCCUGUGUGCCGCAAAAGGGAGAUGUCAUUGUUUAUGACGAAUUGAUCCAUGCCAGUGUUCAUGAUGGCAUGAGACUAAGCAGAGCGCAGAGAAUCCCCUUUGCACACAACCAGGUCUAUGAAAGUUCUACAGCAGCAUCAGAAGCAUCAAAUGGGAAGAACAAGCGUCAAUGCCUCGAUUCUUUAUUGAGAAGCCUAACAGAGGACGCAGAAGGGGCAGAAGUACGGAAUGGGAAGAAGAACGUCUUCAUAGCAGUUGAAGGAGUGUACAGCAUGGAUGGAGAUGCAGCACCGCUAAAAAACAUUGUCGAGUGCGUGGAAAAGAGACUGCCUCUGGGAAACGGCUACAUCAUUGUCGACGAGGCGCACUCUACGGGAAUAUUUGGCCACCAGGGAAGAGGGCUCGUCUGCCAUCUUGGGCUUGAAAGCAGAAUAUGGGGCCGUGUGCAUACCUUUGGCAAAGCUAUGGGAUGCUCCGGAGCUAUUGUGCUAUGUUCUUCGGUAACGAGGUCAUAUCUCAUCAACUACGCCCGCAGCUUCAUCUAUACAACCGCCAUGGCCUUUCCUUCUCUCGCCAGCAUACGCACAACCUACGACUUUCUAGCACAGGGCCACGCGGAUCCCUUGCUCCAGCAUCUCCAGUCACUUAUCCUUCAUAUGCACAAUCUGCUCAUUGGUAUUAUUGAGCAGCAUCAUCCUUCGCCAGAGUUAUUCCGCAUAAACUCAGAAACGCCACAGUCGCCGAUCUUACCACUGUUUACAAGUCGAGCUAGGAAUUUGGCGCAGUAUUGCCAAGAGAGAGGCUUCACUGUGAGACCAAUUGUGGCCCCAACAGUUCCAGCUGGGCAGGACAGAGUAAGAGUAUGCCUGCAUGCUGGAAACACCGUGGAGGAAGUGGGAGGACUGUGCAAGGCCGUAGAAGAAUGGAUAACGGCAGUCAUAAAGAGCAAGUUAUAGAAAUUGACAUGAAACAAUUGUGCUUAUAUAUGUAGAAUAAGCUCACUAGUGCCAUUCCUAUGAUACUCUCUGUGAGAAAUCGUUUUCUUUAUCCCCUUUCUGCAUUUCCUAUUUAUCAUGACCAAACAAAAUCGUAAAAAACAAAUUCAUAAACGCUCAUCUAUGCGCUUGAGGGGUCCAUCGGCUUCUUGUCAAAGCUCUGCAUGGGUUCCAGUCCCCAUCGGCCAAACAUGGCGCUGUCCUCGUCCCAGCCAUUGCACUCCGUCGUCAACAUCUUCUCUCCAGUAAAGAUGGCGUUGGCACCAGCCAUGAAGCAAAGCGCCUGCUUCUCCUCCGACAUGGUCUUGCGGCCAGCAGCAAUACGGAUAAUAGUCGCAGGCAUCAGCAGACGUGCUGUGGCAAUGGUGCGCAGCAUGCUUGUGAAGGCAAUGGGCUCGCGAUCACCCAACGGGGUUCCCUUGAUGGGCACAAGGGCGUUGACUGGGAAGCUCUCUGGGUGCUUGGGGAGCGUGGAAACGGUGUGCAGCAGACCAACUCGGUCCUCUGAUGAUUCACCGAGGCCCAGGAUGCCGCCAGAGCAGACGUUGAUGCCGGCAUCGCGGACGUGGCUCAGCGUGGUCAGACGCUCAUCGUACGAGCGAGUCGAGAUGAUGGAGGGAUAGAACUCGCGGCUGGUGUCGACGUUGUGGUUGUAGGCAGUCAGUCCCGCGUCCUUGAGCUGGCGCGCCUGCUCGGCAUCGAUCAUGCCCAGCGUCACACACGCCUCCAUGCCCAUGGCCUUGACGCCCUUGACCAUCUCGACGACGUUCUUCAGGCCCGACUUGCGGCCGCGCAUGUCUCUCCAGGCCGCGCCCAUGCAGAAGCGCGUGCUGCCGUUGGCUCGGGCCUGGCGCGCCGCCUCCAGCACAGACUCGACCGACUCCAUCUUCUUGGCCUCGAGGCCCGUGUCCUUGGAGUAUCGCGACGACUGGGCGCAGUACGAGCAGUCCUCGGAGCAGCCGCCCGUCUUGAUGUUCAUCAGCGUGCAUAGCUGGACCUCGCCGGGGCUGUGGAAGCGGCGAUGGAGCGAUCCAGCCUGAUAGGCCAGGUCCAGCAGAGGCUGGUAGUAAAUGGCCGAAAUCUCCUCCUUGGUCCAGUUGUUGCGCGGCUGCGUUGCUGCCACAGCCUCUGCCACCAGCUUCUUGCCAUCCAGGCCCGAUUUCUGCUGCUGCGGGGGAGGGGGAGGGGCAGCUCCAAAGUUGACGGGAGAGUCGACGGCAGUGCUGUUGGCCCGGCUGUUGAUUCGCACCACGGCUGGAGUUUGUCUGAAUAAAGGCGAGAAGGACUGGGCCAAUCGGCCAGCU